ACCGAAAGACGUGUACAUCAGUUGCAUUUUAAAGGUUGGCCUGAUCAUGGAGUACCUGAUACAGUCUUUCCUCUUCUUACAUUUAUGCAUUAUGUGGCUGAAAUCCACUCUACAGGGCCAGUUGUUGUUCACUGCAGUGCUGGCGUGGGCCGUUCCGGUUCCUACAUCUUAGUGGACAGUAUGCGACGUCAUCUAAUCAACUUCAGAAAGUUGAAUCUUAUGGGCCAUUUAAUCCAUAUGCGUAGACAACGCGAGAAACUCGUCCAAACAGUGGAGCAAUAUAUGCUUUGUCAUGAAGCUGUACGACAGCUUAUCCGUCACGGUAUUACACGGUGCUGGCGUGGGCCGUUCCGGUUCCUACAUCUUGGUGGACAGUAUGCGACGUCAUUUAAUCAACUUUAG